AUGAAUGGCGUUGCACAUACCACCAGCAACAGCAGGCCCAGCUACAGCAAACAAGAGAAUGGGUACCAUUACGGCGAUCAUGCUCCGAGCCAGCAAGCGUACACAGCUGCGGUAGCACCCUACCUUCCCCAAGUAGCUCAUACGAGCCAACACCGAGCUGGACCGGCUGCGCAGGCGAGCAGUCGACCACUCUCACCUGUAUCUGGACCACGACAACCGGUAUUCGAUGAUGGCAGCUCGUCAAUGCGGUCAUCCCAGGCCAACGCGAUUGCACCAUCAUUUCAGAUCCCCAAAUCUGUGAACGACAGUGGCGGCAGUCUGUCUGUACUAGCUGCCCAGAUUACGUGCCUGUUCUGGUUCGAGUCAGCGGAUGUGUUGCAGGCUGUGGAGGACGCACCGAUAGGCUUGCAGCCUUCCAGAGCGUUGGUCUUGGAUGCAAAGCCCACUACUGGCUUUCUUAAGUGGGUGACAACGAUUCUGUCAACCACACUGGUGGCGCAGAAUGUGGUCAUUCUGGCACUGUUGUUCAUCUACCGGCUAAAGAAGCUUAAUCCGACAGUCAAAGGCAAGCCCGGAAGCGAGUAUCGCCUUCUCACUGUUGCUUUGAUGCUUGGCAACAAGUUUCUGGACGAUAAUACAUACACGAACAAGACCUGGGCUGAAGUGUCUGGGAUUGUGGUGGCUGAGGUUCACAUCAUGGAAGUGGAAUUCCUUAGCAAUAUGAAGUACUGCCUUUUCACGUCCGCGGACGACUGGGCGAGAUGGCAAUCUUUACUUGGCAAAUUUGCUGCCUUCUUCGAGAAUGCAACGAGGCCGCAGCCGCCAGCCAACAGACCGGCGCCUAUACUACCACCCAGCUCCUCGCUCUAUUUGCCAGCAGCUUUGCCAUCACCGCCCUUUUCGAACCAAGCUUCACCACCGUACUCGUCAGACGUGGCGCAGCCAGCUUAUGGGGGUGCUGCAUUGUCUGGCAUCACGCCUGUGCCCUCGCCACUGGCCAGGCUGCCACAACCGCACUCUGCGGUGCAGAACAGACGCAAGCGAAGCCACGAAGAUCAACUAACAGAGCCGCCAGCGAAGCGUAUUGCGAGCGGUUCAAAGACCACCGCUUUCCCCUCGACGUACGCUACCACUGCCGGAGCAAUUGCUACCGGCCAGCAAGCGCCCCGCUUGACCCUGCCGAGUCUGAUGAAUCCAGCUACUACCUCACCUGCACGGAGCCAAGGCCAAGCAUCUGCUCACCUGCAGCAGCUCCCACCAUUAAACGUCCCUGCCAGAGCGAUGGCCAUGGUGUAUCCACCGGCGAGUAGUUUCGGAGCAGGACCGCUUUCACAGCCUCCAUCGCAGCUGUCCUCUCAGUAUCAAUCCAGGCAACACAGUCCAUACCCAGGCUCAGCCGCCGAUUCACCAGCAGAUAUGGCACCAUCGAGUGCCGUCUCGCUGCAACCACUUCACCAAAUCUCCCCAACUUACUUCCUGCAACAGCGAAACUCACCCUACCGACCCGUGCAGAACUUCUCCACACUGCUAUACCCUCCGCCGUCAUCUGCUCUGCAUCAACGGCCGCACCCUGUGGAACACGCUCAGAUGCAUUACCAGCCGCUCGCAAAGUCGGGACAGCAGUUACAGUCGGGUCGACUGCCGUACAUCGCGCAGAAUGUAUGGCUCAAUGGGGAUCAACAUCAGCCGAUGACGCCGAUACAUCAGUGGCCUUCUUUUGCCAAUGCACGGCAGCAGCACGUGCCACCGCAGCAAUGA